UUUUCUUCACCGAUUCAGACGGGUGUUUGCGGCGUUGGCAUGAGGCUUCAGUUGUGUGUAACCUGUUAUAACGUCUUAAUUUUGCGCUCCUCAGAAGUGUUUGUGUACUGCAAGUGUGCGACCUCAACUGAGUGAUGACCGCUUGUGCACAUUUCUCGUCGUGCAUAGGAAAGCCAGCUUCACUGCAAUGCCGCGAUGGCUGAGAACCCCAAGGUGAUCCUUGUGUUCAGCGGAAAAAGAAAGUCUGGAAAGGACUACAUAACAGAGACGUUGAGGAAAAGGAUUGGAGAUGACAAGUGCGCAAUACUGCGCCUUUCAGAACCAAUAAAAGAGGCAUAUGCAAAGGAGCACAACCUCGACUACAAUCGACUCCUCGACUCGUCCGACUACAAGGAGCUGUACCGCGCCAAGAUGGUUGCAUGGGGCGAAGAGAAACGCAACCAGGACUUGUCCUUCUUCUGCCGCCUGGCAGUCAAGAAGAGGGGCCGGCCCGAGUUUCCUGUGUGGAUGGUGAGCGAUGCCCGGCGGGAGAGCGACAUUGAGUACUUCCGGGAGACCUUCACCUGCCCCACAUUUACUGUCCGGGUCAGAGCGCACGAAGGCACACGCCGAGACCGCGGAUGGGUGCAGACCCCAGGUAUCGAUGAUGCCACAACUGAAUGUGGGCUCGACCAUGUGGACAACUGGGAUAUUGUGAUAAACAACAACGAUGACGACAACUUGGAAGGCCAACUUGAAUCUGUUCUUCAAGCUGUGCACGAGCACUGUUCAUGAUGUGCCAAUGGCUUUCUUCAAGACUGCAUUUCCUGCCUGUGCCAAGCCUCAUUAACAUAACCAGAUCUAUAUUGCUCACUACAAUCAGCUUCUGCAUUCAUAUCGAUGUUCAACGAAGCAUUCCAAGCAUUUGCGAAGGCAAUCAAUAUAUUGAAAGUUGAGCUUCGGGGGGUCUAUUCUACCCAACUGUAUAACUGUUUCCAGUUGUUAUCCUGUUAUUAAACAUGUUUAAACACCACUGA